CAUGCCUGCUCCGGGAACUAAAAAAAUGGCAGUCGACUUCUUCUCACAUGAGAAGAUCUGGUUUGACAAAUACAAGUAUGAUGAGGCUGAGAGAAGAUACUACGAGCAGAUGAACGGGCCGGUUAGCAGUUCUUCACAGCAACAGGAGAACGGAGCCAGCACGAUCCUCCGCGACAUUGCCAGAGCCAGGGAGAAUAUCCAGAAAUCGCUGGCCGGAAGUGCAAGCGCAACCUCUUCUGGGCCUCCUGGUGAUCAAAAUGACCUCGUUUCCCGAAUCUCUCACCUGGAGGUAGAAAACCAAAACCUUCGCAGUGUUGUUGCAGAUCUUCAGCUGGCCAUCUCCAAGUUGGAAAGCCGCCUGAAUACUCUGGAAAAAUCAUCUACCUCCCAUCAGCCUGCAUCGAUUCCACCCACCCAGAAAGUGGAACCAUUCAGUGUUCCCUCCAAGAAAGUGGAGCUCCCAUCUGCUUCAAUUGCGAAGAAAGUUGAGUCGACUGCUGCAGAGGAUGAUGAGGAUGACGACAUUGACCUUUUCGGUAGCGAUGAUGAAGAGGAAGACCAAGAGGCUGCCAAAGUCCGGGAAGAGAGACUGCGUCAGUACGCAGAGAAAAAGGCAAAGAAGCCAGGUCUAAUUGCCAAGUCUUCUAUACUUCUGGAUGUUAAACCAUGGGACGAUGAGACUGACAUGGCAAAGAUGGAGGAGUGCGUCCGAUCCAUCCACAUGGAUGGGCUCGUGUGGGGAGCCUCCAAGCUGGUCCCAGUAGGCUAUGGCAUCAAGAAGCUCCAGAUCCAGUGUGUAGUGGAAGAUGACAAAGUUGGGACAGACAUCCUGGAGGAGGAGAUCACCAAGUUUGAAGACUAUGUGCAGAGCGUUGACAUUGCUGCUUUCAACAAGAUCUAGAAGCCAACCUAUAACCUCUCUUGGAGCGUAAUAAAUAAAUCUCAAGAUUGGGAGUGC